AUGGAUGUAUCCACUCACUGCGCUGCAUGUCAUGGACCAAGGGCCCAUGUUCCCCCCCUCACUUGGAGAGGAAAAGAAGCAGCAAUUUUGGCGCCGGAUGGUUGCUUUUUGAUAGCCAUUAGAAGACGGGGCUGGGAGGGGCUAGAACCCGGAACGCAGCAUUGCGGUGGGCAGCGGGCGAGGGGCCAACGUUCAGCGGUCAAGGAGGAUAUUGAGAUGGCAUAGCAUGUCUGGUUCUGGUGCGCUUUGCUUGCCGAAACCACGAUGAGGAGGGAUGGAGACGGGAGACUGUGCAACGUUGGGAAGUGCUGUCUUGUCUCCAGCACCUUAAUCUCAGGUACCUUACAUGUUUUCC